AUGAACUACCCCAACCUGCAAGUGUACAGUCCUGGUGUGAAUUUAACAGUUGGAUCCCACAAUGUAGAAAUAUUAAAAUAUUUAACUAGUGGUGGUUUUGCCCAAAUCUAUAUGGUCAAAAUACUUCGAUCUACCCAAUAUCUCUAUGAGUCAGAAUUGGCAUGCUUAAAGCGUGUUAUUGUUCCAAAUAAGGCAGGUCUAAACGUCCUAAGAGCUGAGGUAGAUGCCAUGAAAUUAUUAAGAAAUAAUAAAUACAUUGUCUCAUAUAUUGAUUCCCAUGCAGCUAGAUACCCACUACAAAAUGGCACAUAUGAGGUGUUUCUUCUAAUGGAAUAUUGUGAGAAAGGUGGGCUUAUAGAUUUCUUGAAUUCAAGGUUGCAAAACAGAUUACUAGAAAGUGAAGUAUUGGAUAUAAUGUCUCAGGUGUCUCAAGGAGUAGCAACAAUGCACGCUUUAAAACCACCAUUGAUUCAUCGUGAUAUAAAAAUCGAGAAUGUUUUAAUAUCAAAAAACAACGAAUUUAAGUUAUGUGAUUUCGGGUCUGUUUGUGGUAGAAUUCGACCACCAAAUAACCAGCAAGAAUUUGUAUAUGUACAAAACGAUAUUUUGAAGAAUACCACAGCUCAAUAUAGAUCACCUGAAAUGGUAGAUUUAAAUCGUAGAAUACCCAUUGACGAAAAAUCUGAUAUUUGGGCACUUGGUGUGUUUCUUUAUAAAUUGUGUUAUUACACGACCCCAUUUGAAAAAAUUGGUGAAAAUGGUAUCUUGACUUCUACAUUUCAAUUCCCGUCAUACCCUAUUUAUAGUGACAGCUUAAAACUUUGCAUCAGUAAAAUGCUAAUCCAAGACCCAAGACAGAGACCAAAUAUAUGCCAACUAAUAAAGGAAAUAUCGAAAUUACAAGAUGUUCCAUGUCCAAUUGUAAACUUUUAUGAAAACCAAGUCCCUGUGGUUACAACAAGCAGUCUUUUGAAUAUAAACCCUUAUUUGCCAGAAAAUUUUGUUGAUAAUAUACAAUUGGAUCAUUAUUGGCCAAAUGGGCAUCAAUUGUCCCAAUUUUAUCAAAAGACAACCCCAAAAUCUGCAACCACAGAAAACUUUGAAAUAAAAAGUGACACUGACCAUAAAUUGAAUAAAGCAUUUUCAACGCCAAAUUUAAACCUAAAUAGUUCCGAACCAAAUUACAAGACAAAAGAAGUGCUUACAAACAAAUUAAAAGCUUCAAUUGAAGAGUUUAAAAAGGAUAAUGAAGGUUCACCAGAAUUACAAAUAGGUAAACUUUCCCUACCGAAUGAUCAAACCAAUGAUAGUAGUAGUGAGGAAAGCGAAGAACAAGAAAUAUUAUUAAGUACAGAUGAUAUCUCUAAAGAAACUGUUACCAAAACUAUAACUUCUAAAAUGACAACAAUUAAUGAUAAUAACAAUUACAAAAGUAAUGACGCUUCUAUAUCAAAAUCAAAAAAAUCAUUUUCAGAAAUAUCACAUAUAGCAAUCAAUCAAUCGAAUAAAAAAGCUAACUUAAAAGAUAAGAAAGAAUUAUCAAAGAAAGAAAUCAAACUUAAGAUGCAAAUGAGGUUAAGUGAAAUAGGUGGCAGAUUUAAAUCAACACCAAACAUCAAUUUAACGAAAGUUGAAAAUCAAAUAUCGAAAAUGCAUAGUAAUAACAAUCAACAAAAUGAAAAAGCAAAAAUGAAUAAAAAAAAGCCACCUAUUCCAAAGAAACCGGACCACUUACGUCCUCAAAAACCUAAAAAACCUUCUUUCCUUGUUGGAAAAUCACUUAAGGAAGUAGCAGGAUCUACUUCGAGAAGAGAAUAA